CGAUUGCCUGGUCUUCAGAAGCAGAAGGACUCCAUGAAAAUGACAGAAGAAGUUAUUGUGAUAGCCAAGUGGGACUACACCGCCCAGCAGGACCAGGAGCUGGACAUCAAGAAGAACGAGCGGCUGUGGUUGCUGGACGACUCCAAGACGUGGUGGCGGGUGAGGAACGCGGCCAACAGGACGGGCUAUGUGCCGUCCAACUACGUGGAGCGGAAGAACAGCCUGAAGAAGGGCUCCCUGGUGAAGAACCUGAAGGACACACUAGGCCUUGGCAAGACGCGCAGGAAGACCAGCGCGCGGGACGCGUCCCCCACGCCCAGCACGGAUGCUGAGUACCCCGCCAAUGGCAGCAGCGCCGACCGCAUCUACGACCUCAACAUCCCGGCCUUUGUCAAGUUCGCCUAUGUUGCCGAGCGGGAGGAUGAGCUGUCCCUGGUGAAGGGGUCGCGUGUCACCGUCAUGGAGAAGUGCAGCGACGGUUGGUGGCGGGGCAGCUACAACGGGCAGAUCGGCUGGUUCCCCUCCAACUACGUCCUGGAGGAGGUGGACGAGGCAGCUGCGGAGUCCCCGAGCUUCCUGAGCCUGCGCAAGGGCGCCUCGCUGAGCAAUGGCCAGGGCUCCCGCGUGCUGCACGUGGUCCAGACGCUGUACCCCUUCAGCUCAGUCACCGAGGAGGAGCUCAACUUCGAGAAGGGGGAGACCAUGGAGGUGAUCGAGAAGCCCGAGAACGACCCCGAGUGGUGGAAAUGCAAAAAUGCCCGGGGCCAGGUGGGCCUCGUCCCCAAAAACUACGUGGUGGUCCUCAGUGACGGGCCUGCCCUGCACCCUGCGCACGCCCCACAGAUAAGCUACACCGGGCCCUCGUCCAGCGGGCGCUUCGCGGGCAGAGAGUGGUACUACGGGAACGUGACGCGGCACCAGGCCGAGUGCGCCCUCAACGAGCGGGGCGUGGAGGGUGACUUCCUCAUUAGGGACAGCGAGUCCUCGCCCAGCGACUUCUCCGUGUCCCUUAAAGCGUCAGGGAAGAACAAACACUUCAAGGUGCAGCUCGUGGACAAUGUCUACUGCAUUGGGCAGCGGCGCUUCCACACCAUGGACGAGCUGGUGGAGCACUACAAAAAGGCGCCCAUCUUCACCAGCGAGCACGGGGAGAAGCUCUACCUCGUCAGGGCUCUGCAGUGACGGCGUCCCGGCCCCACACUCGCCUCCCGGGCCCCACGGUGGAGCUGCCCGCCCGGCCUUGUGGCAGAGGCUCCUCCCGUGGGGGCGGCGGCCCCGACGGCUUCUCCGCGAGUCUCUUCUUUAUGUUCAGGUCGCUUGGUCGGUUUGUCUCCCAUUCGCCAUCCAGGCCUAACACCCACACUCGAACCCACCCGGCCGGCCAGCUUUAGAGGAGGGGGGGAGAGAGGGGCGAGUUCACAUUAUUCCUUUUCCAUCGGAAACGGCGCUCGUGCAUUCAACUCGUUCCCGCUCAUGGAACCCCUCUUUAAAAAGACGCAGGGCACCUGUGAGCGCAGGAGCGAGCCUCAGGCCACCCAGCGGCAGCACCCGCGUCCUGGGCACUCUGCGUGCUGGGCAGAGCAGGUGGGCCCCAGUCCUAGCAGCCCUCGCCCGUGUCCUGUGCCCUUACAUGGCUCCCGGACUCUGCAGGGAGCCGACACGUUUGCUGAUAGCAAUACUGGAACCACCAGGUGCGAUGGCAGUGAGGAAACUGCCCAGUGCCUUUGGGGCUGUGCUUGCAAUAAAGAAUUUCCUGGAAAGGCAGUCUGCAAAAGAGGGAACCGGUGACGCAGAAAGACAGAUGUUUUGGUAAUUUACCCCAAAUGUGCCAUCCACAUAGUGCUUUUUCCUCUUGCCCUUCGGCUUGUUUGAAUCUCACAAUUAUGUAUUUAAUUCUCAAAGAAAUAUGUAUCUGUAGCCGUUUGUUGACACUAAUACAGAUGAUUAAGGAAAACAGCUGGUCUUUGGGGAAGGGAGCUACCAACACUUUAUACACACACACACGUGCGCGCACACACACACACACUAUAUAUAUAUAUAUUAUUUACAGGGAAAUUUUUCAGGGUUUACAAAAGAGUAUGUGAUUGGUAGUAAGAGACACAGAAUGUUUAUGAAGAAAUUGCAUUUUCUUUUUCCUUUACAUUUGAACUUCUUUAUAGUUUAAAUAUACCGUCUUGAGAUGGCACAUUCCUACGAUUGAAGAAGGGGUCUUGAGAUCCCCUAAACUUGCAUACCCAGUUUUUUGGAUAUUGUAAUAAAAAAAAAAGUAUUAUGACAAG